AAAGUGGGGCCCAGAAGCAGGCGAGUUACAGUAGAGGCAAGUGAGCGAGUAAAAAUGGGUGUGGAGAAAGAGGGCGAGAAGGGUGGGGGCACUAAUGUAAAGGAAGAUGUUAUCUCAAAGCCGAACAAGUAAUCAAAUUCCCACGCCGACAAUUACUCUUCUUCUCAAUUCACAGUGUAGAUAACACCCACACUCUACACUCAAAAAGACACAUCUAGGGUUUGAGGGCUCUGAAUUAUAUGAGUUGGUUGUGAUUGGAUGGGAAUUGGAUUGCGGAGAAGAAGAGAGAGUAGCCAUGCGCAAGUCAUUUAAAGACUCCCUGAAAGCCCUUGAAGCCGAUAUUCAAUAUGCCAAUACUCUGUAUUCUCUCCUUCUCUACAAUUUUUUCCUUCUUCUUCUACCUUUUUUUUUUCUUUGGGGGCAUGGAGGUUUCUGUUGAAUUUUCUGUUUUUGGGACGUUGAGGUCGUUUAUUUUUGAGAUUUUGUGUUUGAUUUUCUAUGCUGUUGGAUUUUAGCUGUCUGAUAUAUGUUGGAAAAGAUUCAUUAGGAUUAAACCGUAUCUGAUUUUGUUGAAAGAGAAUCUGCUGCAACCCACAAAUAUAUUCCACCUUGGGAUUAUUUUGCCUAAAUUUGAAGGAUAUCUUUAGGGUUUAUAGGUGUUUGGUUGGUGGUAAGACCGACUGUUGCCUUUUCUGUUUGGAACGAAGUUUCAACUUCUGGAUUGUGUACUUAUAUCUUGCCUAAUUUGAGGUUUUAAGCAUACUGGAGCAACCAAUUGAGAUUCAGACCCAAAUGGAAAUUAUGAAGUUCUACAUAUUAGAAACAUUCAUGCCCUUUGUUUUCCGAGGGGGAAAAAUCCGUUUUCUAGUUUCUAUUUUGGAUGGGAUUGCUAACGGACAUCCGUUUUCCCAUCCCAGGCAAUGUGGGGAAAUUAGUGGGUCCAAUUGUACACAAAUCGAACUUUGGGACACUGGAGUACUAUCUAAGCUUUUAAUGAUUUUUCAUUCUGUUGAUCGAGUGCUAUACAACAUAUUAAAGGGCUUCUGGUUAUCAGAGGGAGUAUGAUGGUGCCUGCUUCCAGAUGAGGUUAUCUUAUAGUCCAGCUGCUCAUUUAUUUCUUUUUCUUGUUCAGUGGACUGAUUGUCACCUUGCUGGUGCUCUUGGAUUGCUUAGAAUCCUUAUUUAUAAGGCGUAUGUGGAUGGCAAGACCACAAUGUCUGUUCAUGAAAGGAAAGCUAGUAUAAGAGAGUUCUAUGGGGUGAUAUUUCCCUCUUUGUUGCAACUUCAAAGAGGAAUAACCGAUGUGGAAGAGAGGAAACAGAGAGAAAUUUGUGCUGCCAAGUACAAAAGGAAAGAUGAUAUGGACAAGGGGAAGCUCUCUGAAGUUGAUGUGGAGAGAGAGGAAGAAUGUGGCAUUUGCAUGGAGAUAAGCAGCAAGGUCGUCUUGCCCAAUUGCAAUCAUUCAUUGUGUAUGAAAUGCUAUCGGAACUGGCGUCCACGAUCUCAGUCAUGCCCCUUCUGUCGGGAUAGCCUUAAAAGAGUGAGCUCGGGUGACCUGUGGAUCUACAUGAACAGCCAUGAGAUUGAUGACCUGUCUUCAAUCUCCAGGGAGAAUUUGAAGAGACUUUUCAUGUUCAUAGACAAGUUACCUCUAAUUGUUCCAGAUCCUAUGUUCAUGUCCUAUGAUCCUCCUUUCAGGUGAGGGCUGUUCUUCAGUUUUCAGAUUUGUGUAUAAAAAACCUGGUUUGGCUGUACAUAAAGAUUUCUCCCCCCAUUAGCACAUUGAAAUUGUAAUUAUGUUCCGUGGUCUUUGAUGCUUGAAUGUGAAGUCUGUGAAUACACAUUUGGCUAAUACAACCCAAAAUUCAUCUGUUGCUAUUUACAAA